AUGAGUUAUCUGUAUUUUGGUACACUCCCUUCUUCAGUGCCACCUGUCUUUGACACAACCCCAUGCUUAAAACAAAUGCAUGAUUAUGAAGACUGUGCUUUCGAAUCAAAUACUAAAUAAAUGGAAAUCAUUCAUCCAAGCUGGCCUUCAAUGUGGCCUAGAAUGCUUACUGAUGGCAAGUCUAUCGAUUUUGGACAUACUCCCAUGCAUCAAGAUAGCUCAACACAUUACACCUAUAUGCGACCAUUAACAAAAAAAAUCAAGCAUUAUUUAUGGGAAUGUGAGGAGGAAAGAUUUGUUUAUAAGGCUUGUUUAAGAAAAUUAAUUAGCCUCAAAAGAACAGAUAGACACACAAGUUGGGACACAGCAUCAGUUAGCAAUUUAAGUCUGGUCUGAUUUAUUCAAUAAAAAACAAAUAACAAAAACAAAAUAUAAGAUAGUCAUAUAUAAA